UGGCCAAGUUGGAGAAGCACUUGAUGCUUCUCCGACAAGAGUAUGUCAAGCUGCAGAAGAAACUGGCAGAGACAGAGAAGAGAUGCACUCUUUUGGCUGCACAGGCAAGCAAGGAAAGCAGCAGUGAGUCCUUCAUCAGCCGUCUGCUGACGAUUGUGGCAGACCUCUAUGAGCAGGAGCAGUAUAGUGAUCUGAAGAUAAAGGUGGGGGGCAGGCACAUCAGUGCUCACAAGUUUGUCCUGGCAGCCCGCAGUGACAGCUGGAGUCUGGCCAACUUGUCUUCCACCAAGGAGCUGGACUUGUCAGAUGCAAACCCUGAGGUAACAAUGACAAUGCUUCGCUGGAUCUAUACGGAUGAGUUGGAGUUCAGAGAAGAUGAUGUGUUCCUGACAGAAUUGAUGAAACUAGCAAAUCGGUUUCAGCUACAGCUCCUUAGGGAGAGAUGUGAGAAGGGUGUUAUGUCUCUGGUGAAUGUCAGGAACUGUAUUCGCUUCUAUCAGACUGCGGAGGAGCUGAAUGCCAGCACACUGAUGAACUACUGUGCAGAAAUUAUUGCAAGUCACUGGGAUGACUUAAGAAAGGAGGACUUCAGUAGUAUGAGUGCUCAGUUGUUAUACAAAAUGAUCAAAUCCAAGACGGAAUACCCAUUACAUAAAGCUAUCAAAGUGGAGAGAGAAGAUGUGGUCUUCCUUUAUCUAAUUGAAAUGGAUUCACAGCUCCCUGGGAAGCUGAAUGAAGUGGAUCAUAAUGGAGAUCUUGCAUUAGAUCUAGCUCUUUCACGACGACUAGAGAGUAUUGCCACCACACUGGUUAGUCAUAAAGCUGACGUGGACAUGGUAGACAAGAAUGGCUGGAGCUUGUUACAUAAAGGAAUCCAAAGAGGAGAUCUCUUUGCUGCCACUUUCCUCAUUAAGAAUGGGGCCCUGGUCAAUGCUGCUACAUUGGGUGCCCAGGAGACACCGUUGCACCUUGUGGCAUUGUACAGUUCAAAGAAACACUCAGUAGAUGUGAUGUGUGAGAUGGCGCAGAUUGCAGAGGCCCUCUUGCAGACAGGCGCCAACCCCAACAUGCAGGACAGCAAGGGCAGGACUCCUUUACACUUGUCCAUCAUGGCCAGGAAUGAAUAUGUGUUCAAUCAGCUGCUGCAGUGUAAACAAUUAGAUUUAGAACUGAAGGACCAUGAGGGCAGUACAGCUCUGUGGCUUGCAGUGCAGUACAUCACUUUGUCCUCUGACCAGUCUGUAAACCCCUUCGAAGACCUCCCUGUAGUAAAUGGGACUUCAUUUGAUGAAAACAGCUUUGCAGCCAGACUCAUUCAACAUGGCAGUAACACCGAUGCCCCUGAUACGAUGACAGGAAAUUGUUUACUACAGCGGGCAGCUGGAGCAGGAAAUGAGGCAGCAGCUCUUUUUCUGGCAACCAAUGGUGCCCACGUCAAUCACAGAAACAAGUGGGGAGAAACCCCUUUGCACACAGCUUGUCGGCAUGGCCUGGCCAACCUCACUGCAGAGCUCCUGCAGCAAGGUGCCAACCCAAACCUGCAGACCGUGGAAGCUCUACCUUUGCCAAAGGAGGCUGCAUCCCUGACCAGCUCAGCGGACAGCAUUUAUCUGCAGACGCCGCUGCACAUGGCAAUUGCCUAUAAUCAUCCAGAUGUUGUGUCUGUCAUCCUGGAGCAGAAAGCCAAUGCUCUUCAUGCCACAAACAACUUGCAAAUUAUUCCGGAUUUCAGCCUCAAGGAUUCCCGAGACCAGACUGUGCUAGGCUUGGCAUUAUGGACUGGCAUGCAUACGAUCGCAGCCCAGCUGCUGGGCUCCGGGGCUUCCAUCAACGACACCAUGUCAGAUGGGCAGACCUUGCUGCACAUGGCCAUACAGCGGCAGGAUAGCAAGAGCGCACUCUUUCUCCUGGAGCAUCAGGCAGACAUAAAUGUCAGGACUCAGGAUGGGCAGACAGCCCUCCAGUUGGCCAUCAGAAACCAGCUUCCACUCGUAGUCGAUGCCAUAUGCACCCGAGGAGCUGACAUGUCCGUGACAGAUGAGAAGGGGAACCCCCCACUGUGGCUUGCAUUGGCAAGUAAUCUGGAGGAUAUCGCAUCCACUCUGGUCAGACAUGGUUGUGAUGCCACAUGCUGGGGUCCAGGACCUAGUGGGUGCCUCCAAACACUCCUGCAUAGAGCCAUUGAUGAAAACAAUGAGUCCACUGCCUGCUUUCUUAUUCGCAGUGGCUGUGAUGUGAAUAGUCCCAGAAAACCAGGUGCUAAUGGAGAAGGAGAGGAAGAGGCUAGAGAUGGGCAGACCCCCUUGCAUUUGGCAGCCUCUUGGGGGCUGGAAGAGACAGUACAAUGUCUUCUCGAGUUUGGAGCUAACGUAAAUGCACAGGAUGCAGAAGGAAGAACACCUGUCCACGUGGCCAUCAGCAACCAACACAGUGUCAUCAUUCAGUUGUUGAUUUCUCACCCUGAUAUCCACUUGAGUGUACGAGAUAGACAAGGGCUGACCCCAUUUGCCUGUGCCAUGACUUACAAGAACAACAAAGCAGCAGAGGCCAUUCUAAAACGAGAGUCCGGGGCUGCUGAGCAGGUGGAUAACAAGGGCCGGAAUUUUCUUCACGUGGCAGUUCAGAACUCUGACAUUGAAAGUGUUCUAUUCCUGAUCAGUGUCCAGGCUAAUGUGAAUUCCAGAGUCCAGGAUGCUUCCAAGUUGACCCCUUUGCACCUCGCUGUCCAAGCAGGCUCAGAGAUUAUUGUCCGCAAUUUGCUUCUUGCAGGAGCCAAAGUGAAUGAAUUAACCAAGCACCGCCAGACCGCCCUCCAUCUUGCUGCCCAGCAGGACCUGCCUACCAUCUGCUCAGUCCUCCUAGAGAAUGGAGUGGACUUUGCUGCUGUGGAUGAGAAUGGAAAUAAUGCUCUUCAUCUGGCUGUCAUGCAUGGUCGGCUCAACAAUAUCCGGGUUCUCCUGACAGAGUGCACAGUGGAUGCCGAAGCCUUUAAUCUGAGAGGCCAGUCACCACUGCACAUUUUGGGACAAUAUGGCAAAGAGAAUGCAGCAGCCAUCUUUGAUCUCUUCUUGGAAUGCAUGCCUGAGUAUCCUCUAGAUAAACCAGAUGCAGAAGGAAACACGGUGCUGCUCUUAGCAUACAUGAAAGGAAAUGCCAACUUGUGCCGUGCCAUUGUCCGAUCUGGUGCUCGCCUUGGGGUGAAUAAUAACCAAGGAGUCAACAUUUUCAACUACCAAGUUGCCACUAAGCAACUUCUGUUUAGAUUAUUAGAUAUGCUGUCCAAGGAGCCUCCAUGGUGUGAUGGCUCCAACUGCUAUGAGUGCACUGCCAAGUUUGGAGUCACAACUCGCAAGCAUCACUGUCGUCACUGCGGACGUCUUCUUUGCCAUAAAUGCUCGACCAAGGAGAUUCCUAUUAUAAAGUUUGAUCUGAACAAGCCUGUGCGAGUUUGCAACAUUUGCUUUGAUGUACUGACUCUGGGUGGGGUCUCUUAGUGAGCCCCUGGGGGUCCAGGCCACAUCCCCAGUCACCUCCCCAGCAGCUGCUCUGCUCACCAGCCUGACCCACCCAGAGCAGGAGCUGGCGGUCAUCUUCAUGGAACAAUUAAGGACCUUGGUGUGAUAGAUCCCAUUUCAAAUGAUUCUGUAUGAUUGUCAGUGUGUCAGACUGUGAUUGAUUUCACUAGAUGUCUCACUAAUUGGACCAGGCCAUUUAGCCUAAGUGGUAAAUGUGAUAGGAAUUAGACCCCAUUCAGCUAGCAACAUACAAGGAUACUUUGAAAACCAUUUUCCCUUCCAGCAGUUGAGUGUCCAUGCUAGAGCAUUCAUGAAGUCUUCCUGCCUCAGCUGACUAUGCGGCCUAACAUGGUGUAGGAAGCUAGCUGCUUAAUGAGGGCUGGCUUUACUCUAGGAGUCCAGGGAUAGCAGUGGUACUGACCAGCCAUGGAUUGGGGGAACAUAUUUUGAGUUCUGCAUUGGCUUCAGGUGCAUUCAUGUAGAUUUAGAAAAAGCAUCUUUCCACAGUCUUAGGAAAUCUCCCUGACCAUGCUGAUGCUCACUGGGUUGAAUUCAGCAGGUUCCUUGAGUAGCAGCUGCCCCAGUGGGACUCCAACAUACACUGCCCUGGCUGGGACUAGAUAGGUCUGAAUCACUUUUGUGCCCUCCACUCUGUCAAGACUUGACUACAAAACUGCCUAGCUGUUCUUGUUAAAUUUUAAACAGUAGCUUAAGUACUAGUAGCAAAAUCUUAAUUAUUUUAUUCAUUCAGAAGGUUGCCAAUAGUGAAUGAGUAGAGCAGGAAGAAUAAACUUUACUGGAACAUAAUUUGCUGCAUCAGUCAACAUUGUUAUGCUGAAUUAGCUUUUUAACUGCCUCUUGCUCAUUGCCAGAUUUAUUAUACAGUAUAUUCUUGACCGUCUUUUUCUUUUUUUUAAGAGAAAGGUACAAACCACAUGCUAUAUAUAAAUGGAAUAACAAACUAAUUUGCUGUGAUCCUCUAACACAGAAAUUUCCCACAAAUUUAAGUGCCUACACUUAGGACUUUUUAAUUUUCAGUUAUCUUUUUAGUGGUGUCUCAUUGAAUGCUAUAUUAGAACAUGUGUUCCAUUUGGAGUUUUGUGCCUGUGCACUGUCAAUCCCAGUUACCAGUUUAGUCAAGGCUGGAUUAAAUUGCUCGAUUCACCUGCCACAUUCUCUCCAAGGAGUGGGGUCCACGUGACCUUCAGUCCUCUACCUCAGAGCCCUUAAUCAUUUCUGACCACCCUAUUUAGCUUCCUCACUUUUCUCCCUGAAUGGGUCCCUGUAAGAAACUCAGUGUGCAUGUGGUUUCACCACUCUCCCCAACUCAUGUCCCACACUUGUCAUGUUGAACUGUUCGUUACUGCACUAAUCUUGUCCAGGGGUGAGGAGUGGAGGAAAAGUCUUGGGAGGGAGUAGAGCCCUGACCUCCAUCUAGGUUUCCUUUAUCUGGAGAGAAAGAACACUCUGAGCUAUGUAACGCUUAGACCUAAAAGGUACCCAGCAAACAAGUAAGUGUAACGCUUCCAUGACAGAAACACUUGCUUCCCUCAGGACAAGCCCCAGAACAACUACCAGAAGCACCAAAGUUCCCCACUCCCAGCUGGAGAAAGGAGGAAGCUGAGGGGAAACAACUUGCCAAAGGGAUUUGGAAGCUACAUUCUUGCUUUGUGGAAGCAGUUUAGUGAAGAGCUGUUUGACAAGAUAUAAACUAAACACUUAAAUUCCCAGAACUUGUAGAUGCCUUAAAGACUUUCUUUGGAAGAUCAUUGCCUGUACAGUUCCUUUUUUGUGUGGCAUAAAUAAUAUAUUAACCUGUUACAACUGAUGGCAUUGGUUUUCUGUAGUUAGGGAGUCUGGAGUUGAGAUUGCUUAAUUAAUACCUGCCCUUUUUUGGCAGAUGUGUGGAGUUGGCUGUUACCAUGACAUACCUGUGUGAUACUAAGGGGAAGGGCGGUAGCUGGGCAGGCACUGCAGGCACACAUUGGGUUGAUCCCCUUGGCUUCUAAACCAUUUGGGGUUGUGCUCAGUGUAUGAUGAUGGCAUCAUAAAGGACCAUGGCGCUUAUCAGCAUUGUUUCUUUGGAGUCUGUGUAAUAGAAUGUAUUUUUCAAAUACUGAUAUUUGCAUUUUCUGUAACAAUUCCUUAUAAUAAAAUGAAGUAAAAUUGUGCA